CAACAGCACUGGCAAAUCCUCGCGCAAUACAGCCGUGAUCCGCAGCGCACCAAGUUGUUUACGCCCUUUGCCAUUUUGACAAGUGCGGUUUGUGUUUGCAGUCGGCCAAACAAUGUCUGUUUCAUGAAAGCGCAAGUUUGGCGAGCGCGGUGAUUGUUCUGUCCGACUCCCAACUGUCGGCGCUCGUGGGCCGGCGAAAGCGCAUCACUCCCAAUCUGCCCACUACCGCGGCGCAGGAGACCUGCUGGCAUAGCCAUCAUGGAAGAGACACUAAUAGGGGAGUCCAUCAAGACCUCCUGCGAAAGAUGUCGACGCCGAAAGAUUAAAUGCGAUCGCAAACGCCCUUGCUCACGCUGCGCCAAAGCCGGCACGGAGUGCGUUUUGCGCGGCACUGGAGAGAAGCAACGGCCGGUGUCAAAGGGCUAUGUGCAAGCCCUCGAGGGUCAAAUAGCAUCGCUGGAACUCGUAAUACGGAAAUUGGCAUUAGCAGACAACGAGGAGCGAGAUGCCAUCUUGUCCGAGCUACCCGAGUCGACGGCGCCGCCUGGCGACGAACCUGGCAUCGAGAGCAAAUCGCCCACGUCGUCUGUGCCGGACCACAAGCUCGUGGCUGCCCGCUUGAGGGCUGGGCAGAUGAGACGGCCCCGCGACAGCCAAGUGACGCAAUUCUUUGGCGGCACGAGCUCAUUUCAGAUUCACUUCACCCAGGAUAUACAUCCUCCCAGCUUCGAUGGCCAGGCCGCCGCGACGGCCUCUCAGAGUGACACGAACGCCUCUAGCUUGGUCAGCUCGGGGUCCGGGGCUGAUGCGGAUGACUUGAGUCCCGGUAGUGGAUGUUUCCGAUAUGCUCCUCAUGAUCAGACAUCUCAGACCUUGAUGGCGACCUUCUUCAAAGAGCAGUACCAGUACAACAUGGUCGUGUACAGGGAGUACUUCCUUCGAGACUAUGAUGUCGGAUCCGGGAGAUACUACUCAGACGUGCUCCUUUAUUCCAUCUGCGCCCUUGCGGCGUUGCAGUAUGAUGAAUCUCUUGGGCUGUCGAACACAUUUUCUGGCCAGGCGCAGACGCUGCUCUACUCCACGUUGGACAACCCGGAUCUUACCGUUCUGCAAGCUCUCGUCUUGCUUGGGUAUAGAGAAAUUGCCGUGGGCAAAACGUCCAAGGGCUGGCUAUUUUGUGGCAUGGCGUUUCGCCUUGCGCAUGAGAUGGGCUUGCACCUGGACCCGAGCAACUGGGACGGAUACACGGGCUGUCUGCGAGACAGAGAGAUCCUCCGGCGUGUGUACUGGGCUGUUUUUAUCGCCGACAAGCAGCUGAGCCUCUACUUUGGGCGGCCGCCAGUGCUUCACCCGAGCGAGUCCGACGUUCGCAACACGAUCCGGAUGCAGUAUCCCGCCGACUGGCAGGGCCUCCUGGAGACUUAUAUAUGCAAAACAGCAACUGUCGCGAGCUGGGAGGACGGCGUAGCGAUUGUGGGAUCACUGAUCUACCAGGCAGAGCUCUCCAAGAUUAUCCACGUCAUGAUCACAGACUUGUUCGAGAACCGGAGAGGUGACGUCGAUCCGGCCAUCGCCGCGGCCAAGUCUCGCAAGAUACACGUUUCUCUGACCAAGUGGCUAUCGAGCUUGCCCGGCACACUGCACUGGAACCAGUGGACAGUCGGACAGGUCCAUUCGUCCGUACUUCAUCUACACAUGCUUUUCCACACCGUCAUGAUCAUCCUCCACCGACCACCAUCCAACAUGUUUGAGAAGCCCGAGAUUGCCGAGAGCGAGGACGUCGAAAUCUGCUACGAAUCCCUCCAGGCCAUUAUGCGACUGAUGCGCACAUACUCGCGCUACUAUCGCUACAGAUCUCUGCCCUUGGACUUUGUUCACACUCUAUCCACCGCGGCCGGCACCGUGAUGAUGAAGCGGUUUCUGCAAGGCUCGUCGUGGGAUGACCCAGACAUUGACCGCUCUCUGUCACUCAUCACCGAGGCCAUGGAUGAGAUCCAAAACACCUGGCCGUGCGUCAAGGAAAUACGUGAAUGUGUCGCGCGGGCACGCAUGGUGCAGACCAUGGCGCCUCCCGAGGUGCCUCUCAAUGCACCGGACCUUAUGAACGGCCUCGACGUGGACGACACAACUAUGGCGGGUUUCAUGGCCAACUUUGGCGAUGACCUAGGAACUUUGAUCACUGAUGAGUUCCUUCGUACUCAACUGCAGGCGACGGAGCCCGGUCUGGACCCGUUUGACUUCAAUCAACCGCCAGGUAUGAUCGACUCCAGGUACUGAGUUAGUAGCAUACUUGUCUUUCGGAGGUUCAUGUGGGUGUGGCUUGAAGGCUUCCGUGUGCCACCAGGACGUUGCGACCCUCGUGUCAAACUCAGGCUCUGCCAACGCUUAGACCGUGGGCUCCCGUACAGGCCGUGUGGUACCUACUAAACGACAAGCGCAGUCUUGUUUCACGGGUUGCAGGCAGGGCCUAGAUUGGCACCAUCCACCCCGGUAGCGGCCGCCGAUUACGAGUCCCCAGAUACCAGCACACAGAGUGAUGCAACAGGUUCAUACCAUGACGAGCCGCUCAGGCCAGAGAAGACGAAGAUAGGCCAGCGCACGCACCCAGUGGUGGGACUGCGGAAGUCCCCGGGCCUUUUGGGGACUGCUGCGGAUCCUCAGCGGGUAGCGGGCGACUGUCCCGUUGGCGUGAAGUCUUGAGCGAAAACGGCAGGCGACGGCAUCACAGGCCCGGCUGCUCGUAACAACGCGUUCAUGAGGGGGGUCCCGGGGCUUUCAAGGUUGUCAUCACUUGAAAUCAUGGGCAGCACUGCUUGACGCCCUCUGAGGCGACUCGCCGCCUCACAAGACAGAGCCCGUCGAUGGCGGCGUCGGCUGGGUGAGGAACAGCGUAGACUCAUCUGAGCAAGAACACGAAAUCGCGGAUCACCAGCGUCGCGCUAUAUUUAGCUUGCGGGCGCAGCCGAUGUGCUUUCUGUGUUCCGCUAGCGACAUUUGGGGGGGGCGAGUGGAGGGAGGGGUUCAUCACAAGUCACCACCAUGGCGAUCGGUCGCGACGCGCAUCGGGUCUAGCACCAUGCGUGUGCAGAAUUCUGCAAGAGACGGUUGGCUCGUCCUCGGAACGAUGCAAGCAGGCAUGCAACCGACAAGCGUCUCGUUCCAGGGCCCGCUGUCGAAGCGGGCUGGAACACGGCAUGUCCUCUUUUCUAUGAUGCAUGGCAUGGCAAAGGGUCGGCGUUAUGCUGAAGCGUCAGGUCCCACGGGCCUCACGCCUCAUCCGACGAACCUGGGCGGGCUGGAAACUCGCGUUCCGUUCAUCCCUCUGGAGACAGGUCGACGGCGCCAGUGCAUUCAUGGCUGAUUGGGCGCGACGGGUCUCGCGGGCGUCGCUAGCGGACUUCUGCAACGGCGAAACCGCCGCUCGGAUGUGACGAAUGCUGCGAGGAGGCGUAAUGCGCAGGGCCGCGGAGAGGGAAGGAGUAAUAACGGUGUCAGUGUCGUCUGGUGAAACACGUUGGCUGAUUUGCGUUGUCAUCACGUUUUCCCUGGCUGGCAUGUCUCUGUCGGUCAUGGUUCUAAAAAUUGUCACAUUUUUUGAGCAGCAACACAGACAAUUGGAUUUUGUCUCAAGCCUGGCCAACGUCAACAAUAAACCGCAGGC